GCAUGUCUUUAAGUCGCAUCAGCAACCUACAGGCCCAUCUAAGGAUCGUCCAGAAGACCAGCAGUACCGCCCUCGGAUCGGUGAUAACCCGUCAUCACCCAAAGUCGGUGAGCAGCCUGCGCACAAUCAGUUCCAGUUCGCUGGUUCGCGACAAACAAGCGACGGCCGCCACGGUGAAACCCGUCCAAAAGCAGCACGACUGGAAUCGGGCCGUAAGCGAAGCGGAAAAGAUUGUCGGCUAUCCGACGUCCUUCCUGAGCCUGCGCUGGCUGCUGAGCGACGAAAUCGCCAAUGUGGCACUGCACCUGCGGAAGUUGGUCGGCAGUAACCAUCCGCUGCUGAAAACGGCCAAAAUACUCAUCUACAAUGGCAAAAAUAACAUGCAAGCAUGGGGUCUCAUUGUUUUGCUCAUAUCGAAAGCCGUGGGACACGCCCCCUCCGUUCCGGAUCUGGAGCAGGACAAAAGCGCCGGUGUUCUACACUCCCAGCGUGCUUUGGCCGAGAUAACCGAAAUGAUUCGUACCUCGUCGCUUGUUCACCAGGGUCUCGUUAAUCUACAACCACUGGCAAACGCUGGAAACGACCUCAGCGGCGAUAGCGAGAUGAUUUUCGGUAACAAAAUCGCGCUGUUGAGUGGAGAUUACCUGCUGGGGAAUGCUUGUUUACAGCUAGCUGGAUUGAAGAACCAAGAACUGAUUGAACUGAUUUCGUCAUCGGUGCGAGAUUUAGCGGAAUCGAAUUUCGUAGGGGAUCGAGAUAUCCAGAAUAAUCCACUACCGACGAAGCCGGAGCCAGGGACGACUCGUUCGUCCGACACACUGAGCGAUGAAGAUUUGGGACUCGGCGACUUGGAAGAUAACACGAAGCCCCUGAAUAUUAAGGACGUUUUGGGAAACCCUGAGAAGGAGUGGUCUCUGAGGCAUAUUCUAUCGGCUGGUAGCCUGUUGGGAAAAAGUUGUCAGGGUGCACUGAUUUUGGCCGGCCAGCCGGAGAAGUUGCAAAAGCAGGCUUACCUGUUUGGAAAGCAUCUUUCCCUCGCGUGGCAAGCCUGCAUCGAUUUGGAAUCAUUCAGCAGUCCUAAUCUAACGCCUGGAGGCCGCUUCAGUUUAGUUUCGGCACCGGUUCUUUUUCAACUAGAGUACGAUCCAACACUGUACGACGAAAUCAAGAAGGGACGAGAUUGUAUCGAUAACAUCGACUACGCCAAGGUUCACAGUGAAGUCCUUAAAGGGCCCGGAGUGGAGAAGACCCGAAAUCUACAGAAAAAGCACAGUUUGGCGGCCAUGGCAGUGCUCAACGAACUGCCACCAUCCGAUGCUCGAACCGCUCUUCAGAACAUUAUUAUAGCGAUGCAGGAUUUGUAAUUGAGGAAUUUGCUCGGAUAUUUGGAGAAAAAAGUUUACAGAACAUCAUAACUAAGAAAUUAGAUGAGUGGACGAGAAAUUUACUAGAAUGUUUGAAGAAUCUAAAUGGUAUAAGCUUGUUACGUACUCUACCAGUUCAUCCUAAGUAAACUUAUUAUUAUUGAUAUCACUUAGAAAUUCGUUAAAUUAGAGAUAUUGAAUGUAAAUUGAUUAAACUGGCCAGUUUUCAGUUUCACAUACCAACUACCAAACAGUUGAACUCGAUAUAAUGUCCUUGUGUCUUAAUUACAAUCGGCAUAUAAUCUAAUCGUGUUUACGCCUUUCGUUUUUACAUGUUUAUGCAUUGUUUCCUAUGGAUUGGGAAUUAGGACACAUCAUGAUAUAACGAUUAGAAAUGACACUUGGGGUAUCAUGUAAGACCAAUUAGUAGUACGAAAUAGUAGAAAAGUUAGGCAUAUCAAUCCGAAGUAGCGCUUCAGUUUUCUUUUAGUAAUUUUUAAAAGAAGAUGUAUGAAGUUAUAUUGCGAGAAAAUAAAUCAUUCCGUCCAGUGUGAAAAGAAAAUAAUUUGAUUUCUUAGAAAAUAUGUUCUUUAAAGGUACUGUUUAUCCAAUUUAAUGGAAAUCAAUGAAUAUUAGUUUCUUCACUAGUUACUCUUACAAAUAGAAUAGGUAAUAGUGAAUAGAUGUAAAAGGUGCUUGUGUUUAACUCGAAAAUAUAAUUAUAUAUUAAUGUUGACCUUUGUAUAAA